AGUACUUUACACUGCACACCGGCAAGAGGAGGAAACUGCAGCUGUUACUUGAAAACAUUGCCUUUUGAUGACCUGCUUUGAUUUUGGACACUUGUAGACCACAUUUUUCGGUGUUUCAGGGCGGGCGAGCCUCUGGACUCAAACUCGAAGACAGAGCAAGACUCACCUGAACACGGUGGAUGGAUAUCCUUCCUGCAACUGUUCAUUCCAACAUAACAAAAAACUUGUUCUUUCACUACAUUUACCAGCCGAGCAGAUCGCGAUCACGAGCAGGCUCCAAUUCCUGCGCUGUGAAAUUGAAUCAGAGGAACGCAGGGGCAAUACAGCAGAGGCAUUGUGUCUCUGCAAUUGAAACACUAACCAGCUGAAAAUAUCAAAGACCACCCUGGACAAAGCGUUGCUCUUAAAUCCCCCAAUUUGGUCUGAAAUCUGCGGUUGAAUUAGAGAGUGAUCAAAAGCUGCACAACACUCAGAGGAGAGGGAAGCAGGAGGGGAGCAUACACCAGGGCAAAGGAUUGCUUGCAGGUGCCGGGGCUGUCAUGGUGCGUAGAGGUGGCGUGGCAGUAGCUCCGUCCUGCUGGGGCCUUUGGGCGUUUGGCGCCCUGUCGCUGGUGGCACUGUGCUUGUCAGACCAGGCCAUCCGUUGCCCGGUGUGCUCCGAGGAGAGGCUGGCCAGCUGCCGUCUGCCAGACGGCUGCGAGGAGACGGUGCGGGAGCCCGGCUGCGGCUGCUGCCCCACCUGUGCCCUGUCAAAAGGGGCGCACUGUGGCGUCUACUCGCCCCGAUGUGGCACGGGCCUCCGCUGCUACCCGCCGCGUGGCGUGGAGAGACCACUGCACUCGCUGAUGCACGGCCAGGGGGUGUGCACUGAUGAGAGGGAGGUGGAGGAGAACUCAGCAAUGGACAGGCAGGAUGAGAUCAUCCCUGACCACCCAAACAACAGCAAUAUCCGCUGCAGCCCACAAGACAAGCGCUGCAUACAGAAGACCCUGGCCCGGCACCCUCCAAAAUCCACAAAUCAGAGAAGCAACACUGCCAGAGAGGAGACGAAAGCGGCGCUGGCUCCAUGUCGUGCUGAGCUCCAGAGAGCGUUGGACAGAUUGGCAUCAAACACUCGCACACAUGAUGAUCUCUUCACCAUCCCCAUCCCCAACUGUGACAAGAAUGGAGAUUUCCACCCUAAGCAGUGUCACCCGGCACGUGACGGCCAGCGGGGAAAGUGCUGGUGUGUGGAUCAGAAGACGGGCAUGAGGCUGCUGGGCCCGCUGGAGCUGCGAGGGGAAUUGGACUGCCACCAGUUAAUGACUGCUACCCUGAGGGAUUGAGGAGUGGAGUGGC